AUGCUUCUCCAGGCUAUGGCUGGUUUCCGCAGUAUCGGCGCCCCGGAGCAGUCUGUCACGCAUGCAUUCCAGUUUGUGACAAACCUUUUCCUCUACAACGACCUCGUGCGCUCCACGUCCUUGCGAACAACGACUUUCUCCGACUUCUACUUGGCACAAGGGCACAUUGAUCCCGCUGGCGUUGCUGGCGUUGCUGGCGUUGCUGGUGUUGCUGGUCCCUGUGGGAACGCAGGCGAUCGAGACUUGAGGCGAUUCGUCUUCCCCCGACUCAUCACUCGCAUCACGGCGGGCGACCUCACGGUGACGGAUCAGGAGAUUGCCGAGUGGGAUGGCGCGCUGGGCUGGCUGCCGAGCUUCUCGCUCGCUCCGCCGCUAGACCUGGACCCGUACGAACACAUCCCUACAGCGAGUCGCGACAUUGUCACGAACCCGCGGUACCGACGCCUAGAAAGCUUCACUUGCCCAAACGAGUGGAUCGAGCAGAGAAUAACUUCGGAACUAUACCGCAUCGCGGGAACCAUCUACAGAAAGCAGUGCGUCGCCCGCGUGGAGGGCCCCUUUUCGACGCGCCCCUGGACAGACGAUGCCUGGAUGGGCAACCUCCCGCUCUGGGCGGUGCAGCUGAUUGACCUGCUCCCACCAGACUCAGCGUUCCAGAACACGCUGCUGUGGCCCAUUGGUAUUGUAGCGAAGGAGUUGACCGCGAUUCACGACGUUGAGAGGGCGAGCAUUACGAGGGCCCUAGAGGCGCUGGAGAAGAGGUUCCAGAUGCGACACUUUUUGCGAGCAAGGCAGCACUUGCACGCCCACUGGGCCAUGUGCGAUCAGGGCUAUGCAUUCAAUGGCGGGGAUAUUCUCUGUGGCUAG